AACUCAGCCGCCUUUAUCUCAGGUUUGAUUUUCUUACCACAAACCAUAUUCAAAGAGUUAAUUAUUGUGAAUUUAGGACAUAUGUACCUUUUUUUUUAUGUAUAUAUGUCCAACUACUUUAAUAAACUGUCUUGUCGUAUUGGGUUAUUGAAUUCAGCUCUUUUCUUACAUGGGUUCUUCUUGUUUGAUGAUUUGGUGAAUUGGGUAUCUUAAAGCUUGUUUCUUUUAAAAUAGUUCUAUGUUGUUAGCUUGUUUGAUGAUCAACUUAUGUAAAAGCCCCUGAAAGUUAUCAGCUUUACUUUAUCUGUUAGCUGUAUGAUACUUUAGUUUCUUGAAUUAUGUUGAUUGGAAAUUUCGUAGAAUCUGUUUUAUAGAAUUGGAAAUUGAUUGAUAUUGGGCCAUGCUUGUUCAAAUUAUCAUUGUUUUGUUAGGCACUUAGGUUGCAUCUUUUCUUUUUGUUGGGUUUGAAGACUUUUGGUUUACUCGAGCAGUGAUUGUGGAAAUUGUGCUUGCCUGUUAGGAUCACUUUCCAAUUCCUUAAAGAUCGAAAAUUCGAAGAAUUCUAUGUCUCAUAUAUUGUAGAUUACCAGUUUAGUGAAUUGCACAGACAGAAUUCUUUGUGUGUUGUAAGAAUCGAAAAUUUUUGUGAUCCUUUUCAUUGAUUUAGUGGUGAAAGAUGAAGCGUGUAUAUAAGGUAUUUCUGAGAAGGGCAGUAGUUCUGUUGAGCUUCUUGUUGUUGGUUCAGUUUCCAGCAGUAUUUUCCUCCAGGUUGAUUCAGCCAGCUUCAUGUGGUACAUAUAGGGUUCGUUCUUUAAGUAAUUCUGGCCAGGAAUUGUUUUACAUAAAUGACAAAUUAGUGGACAGACAGUUAUUCUGUAAAACCCUAAAGCUCUAUGUGUCAAACCAUUGCUUCAUCGGUACAAAAAUUGUGAACCGCUACUGUGUGUUGAAUCUUGCAUUAGAUGAGCUACCCUUGGAGGCUGCAAGAAAACUUUUGCAAGGAUCAAUCACAGUAGAAACUUCAAAACAUCAUAAAAGUCUUCCUGUUGAAGAGAAUGAGCACAAACCUGUGCUGAACCCUAAAAGUUUGGCUAUGGCAGUGCCAGGAAUGUUUGUUCUAUGCUGUGCUUUUCUUUGCCCUUGCUUUCGUGCCAGAAGAAAAGAAUCAGAACAUACUGUGCUUUCAAAAGAACCAGUUUCAAUUGAUUCUAUGUCCUCCUUAGAGAUGAAUUCUGUUUCUGAGAAAGUUCCUGCCAGUCCGAUGCGAGUGCCACCAAGCCCUUCGAGGUUCUCCAUGUCUCCGAAACUUAACAGGGUUGGGUCAGUUCAUCUAAGCAUGAGUCAGGCUGCUACCGCUACACAAAAUUUCUCGCCAUCACUUCGAUUAGGUGAAGGAGGUUUUGGGACAGUGUACAAAGGCAAACUCCGAGAUGGUCAGGUUGUUGCCAUAAAACGAGCAAAGAAGGAACAUUUUGAAGCAAUGAAACUUGAAUUCAAAACUGAGGUCGAACUUCUAGCCAAAAUCGAUCAUCGGAAUCUAGUGAAGCUGCUUGGUUAUGUUGAUAAAGGAAAUGAUUGUCUUAUUAUCACUGAGUUUGUGCCUAAUGGUACUUUAAGAGACCACUUGGACGGUUUGCGAGGAAAUCCCCUGGAUUUUAAUCAGCGACUUGAGAUCUCCAUUGAUGUUGCUCAUGGCUUGACUUAUCUCCAUCAAUACGCAGAAAAGAAAAUUAUCCACCGAGACGUUAAGUCGACCAAUAUUCUUCUGACCGAGAGCAUGCGAGCCAAAGUUGCUGAUUUCGGGUUUGCGAGGCUUGGAGAUAUGGAGUCUGAUAAGACCCAUGUGUCGACAAAAGUAAAAGGAACAGUUGGUUACCUUGACCCCGAGUAUAUGAAGACAUUUCAACUGACGCCAAAAAGUGAUGUAUAUUCUUUUGGUGUUUUGAUGUUAGAGAUUCUGACAGGCCGUCGGCCUGUGGAGCCAAAGCGAGCACCUGAAGAGAGGGUGACGAUUAGAUGGGCUUUUACGAAGUACGAGAACGGAAACAUGAAGGAAAUAUUGGACCCUUCCAUGGGGGCAACUGUGGACAGAGAUACAUUGAAGAAAAUGUUUGAUUUGGCAUUCCGUUGUGUGGCACCUACACGAGCUGAUCGACCAGAAAUGAAAACAGUGGGAGAGCAGUUGUGGGGGAUUAGAAUGGACUACCUUAGAAGCAAAAGAAUAGGAAAUUAUUAAAAUUAAAAAAGAUUUCUUUACUAGUAUUUCCAUAUUCUAUGACCAUUGCUGGGGGGGGGGGGUGAAUGUUGUGAGAAAGUUAGCUGGGUUCUCUACCUUAUUCUUUAGUGUAAGAUCUUGUAACAGAUUGGGAGAUAUUAGAAAUGUAAGCAUAUAUCAGUCGUGUAAUGAUAUGCUGUUGCAACUGCAAAGACUA